AUGUCGAAUCAAACGACGCCAUCCUCUCACGCCGAGCGGUACGUCGUUAUUCAUGUUGCGACUACAUGCGACGAACAUGGCGUCUAUGUGACCAAGGACUCUGCCGAAGUUAUCGAGCUCGGCUGGAUCCUGCUCGAUGCUAAAUCGCUUGACGAGAUACACCGUGAAAGUGUGCUUGUGAAGCCCAUCAACACUCCAAUUACCCCCCUCUGCACGAGCCUUACAACUUUGACGUGGGAGCAUGUGCGAAAUGCCGGUACUUUCCGCGAUGCAAUCAACCGCUUCGAUGCCUUCGCCUCAGAGCAUCUAACUUCUCAAAACCUCGACUUCGUCUUCGUCACCCUUGACGCCUGGGAUCUUCGUGUGCAAUUGCCCCGUGAAGCUCGCGACAAAGCUGUUGUGCUCCCUCCAUACUUGCAGCACUCUCGCACCUUCGACCUGCGAACCGAAUAUCAACGUUGGCAACAACAUCAUCCCGAGUCUUUACCCUUUGGUCCUUCCAUGCUCUCCAAUAUAUGCGCCGCCCUCGAAGUUGAGCCUGUGCAGUCCAGUGCUCCGAUCAAACAUAACUUACCCUUUCAUCUGCAAGCUCUUGCCCCUGCUUCGCCACGUAGGGCCAUGGAAGAGGCUGUGACACUCGCUCGGGUUCUCCGCGGCCUGAUUAGAAAAUCUCAGCCGCUCCAGGAGCAUCCUGAUGUUCUUAGCCGCCCUAUGGACGCUCGUGCCGAUGUACGCGCCUUUUUGUCAGAAAGGAGUAAGGUGUUGCACAUGUCUGGCCUACCACACGACACUACUCAAUCAGAGCUGGAGAGCUGGUUCACCCAAUUUGGUGGCAGGCCCAUCGCUUUCUGGACACUACGCACUCCCGAACAACAUAAGCCCACGGGAACAGGCUUCGCUGUCUUCUCAUCCCAUGAAGAGGCUGCUGAGAGUCUAUGUAUGAAUGGGCGCGCCCUCAAUGAGAAAGCUAUUGAAGUUUCUCCAUCCUCAAGCCGCGUGCUUGAUCGUGCUGCUGAAGUCCUUACCCCUUUCCCUCCGAGUAAGAACCGACCGCGUCCCGGUGAUUGGACUUGCCCAUCAUGCGGCUUCUCUAAUUUCCAGCGACGGACUGCCUGCUUCCGAUGCUCGUACCCUGCAAUGAAUGCUGGGCCUCAGGGGGAGAUGGGUUAUGGCUAUGGUUAUGGACCACCGGCCAUGAUAGCGCCUCCUCAUCAUGGUGGACACCAUGGAAACAUGGGCCAUGGUGGUGGUCGCAUGGGUGGUAGUGGCCCCGUUCCCUUCCGAGCUGGAGAUUGGAAAUGUGGUAACGAAGUCUGUGGUUACCACAACUUUGCGAAGAACGUAUGCUGCCUGCGGUGUGGUUCAAGUCGAGCUGGCGCUGCCAUGGUGGCCGAUUCGGGUUAUCCGUCACCUAUGGAUGGUGGUUCUACCUAUGGCAUGGGAUCAGGUUCCAUGGGUGGCACACCAGGGCCCCCGCCAUUUGCUUCGGCUGGCGGCCCCUUUGGAGCUUCUGGUAAUUACGGCCAGCAUUUUGGCGGACCGCCCAGUACAUAUGCGCUACCGUCGGGCAUCGGUGGAGGCGCUACGCCCUACCCGUCUCUAAAUACGCAUUUUGGCCCGGCUCCAGGAUCUCACCCAUCCGCCCCUUUUGAUAGUCGAGCUGCCGAGGCUGCCUUUCAAGCGGCUGGCAAUGGUCCUGCUCCUGCCGGUCCAUCGAACAACAGCAAUAACAACAGCGGCAACUUCUAUGCGGGACAAUCAGAGAACGACCCUUUUGCCUUUCUGUCCUCGGGUAUGGGUGGGCUCUCUGUGAGCGGCGGUGAUGCUCGUCAGAAUGGCGCCGGUGCGCCUCCUAGCAAAUCGCCAGCUUAA